AUGAGAGGAACAACAAUCGGAAGACGAGUCUAUAACCCCAACAAUUUUCUCACAAAUCCCACAUCCAAACACGCCCCAACUUUCUUAUCCUCCUCGCCUUUCUCCACCUCCUCCGGCCGAGGCCGUGGCCGUGGCGUCGGAGAUGGCGGAUCUCCAUCCAGUGCAGCAGCCCCAGGGAACGAUGACUCGGAGGAGUCACAACCGAGUGGACUCGGUCAUGGUCGAGGCAAGCCAAUUGGUACCAGACCAGUUCUCCCCGCCUUCGCCAGUUUCAUUGCGGCUGUGAAAAAAGACCAACCUGGCUCCGGGCGAGGCCGAGUCACCACCGAGUCGGGACCGAGUCGACCCACUGAGGCACGCCCCGAGCCACCAUCUCCCAAGAAGGCCGAGUCCCAUCUGCCUUCUAGUAUUAUAUCAACUCUAAGUGGUACCGGGCGUGGAAAACCGGUUAAUCAAGGCAGGCCCACUGAGCCGAUGAAGGAAGAGAACAGGCAUAUCCGGAGCCCGACGCAGCCCCAGACAAGGUCCCAAAUAACCCCUGGUUCAUCCGUGCCGAAAAUGAGUAAGCAGGAUGCGGUGAAGAAGGCAGUGGAUUUAUUAUCACGCCGUGGUGGUGAAGCAAAGGCGGCGGGAGGCGAAGGGAGAGGGAGAUUUGUUAGCGGAGGAAUGGGAGGUGGACGUGGUAGAGGUAGGACAAUGGUACGGAGGAGAGGCAGAGGGAGAGGAAGAAGGGAUUAUGAUGACGACGAAGUUUAUGGAAAGAUUUGGGACCAUCCAGAUGCUGAAGAGCAGCUUGCUCAAAGUGUUGGUGUUGAAAAUAUGCAAAAAAUUGUUGAAGGUUUUGAGGAGGCGUGUGGGAGAGUGUUGCCUUGUCCCGUGGAGGAGGACUAUGUGGAAGCCUUCGAUACCAACUGUUCGUUUGAAUUUGAGCCAGAGUACUUGAUGGGUGAGUUUGAUAAAAAUCCAGACAUUGAUGAGAAACCACCUAUGCCUCUUCGGGAUGUACUGGAGAAGGUGAAGCCGUUCAUGAUGGCAUAUAUAGGAGUUAAGAGUCAUGAAGAGUGGGAGGAACUUGUUGAAGACACGAUGAAGCAAGCGCCGUUAAUGAAAGAGAUUGUUGAUUCCUACAGUGGACCUGAUAGAGUAUCUGCAAAGAAACAACAAGAAGAGUUGGAAAGAGUUGCAAAAACUAUUCCUGCAACUGCACCUGAUUCUGUAAAGAGUUUUGCUGAUCGGGCAGUUCUUUCUCUUCAGGUUAGUAUUUAUGUUGGCCAUGUUCCAGAUAUCAUGCUGAGAGCAACCCUGGCUGGGGAUACGCCAAGAAAUGUCAAUUCAUGGAUAAGCUGGCAUGGGAGGCUUCUCGGCACUACAAAUAAGAUAUUAGGCUUUUGCAUUUCAGAACACUGA